GGCGAGUCUUAUAGCUCCCUCAGAAUGGGCCGGCGUCCCUCAGAUGCGUCUGGACAACCACAGCACCGGGUCAUGGAGAGCCCAUGCACGCGGAGGUCUCUGCUGUAGUGUCAGCAGAGAAAGCUCUUUCGUCCUGGUUGUAUCGGCAGGAUCACCGUCCUCACUCCAGUGGACCCACAGCUCCUGGAGGGGGCUCUGAGUGCGCGGGACCAGCGCGGGAUUCCUUCCCGUGUGCUCACCCGCAGAGAAGAUGAACAUCCAGAUUCUGCCAGAACACAAGCUCUCGUCGGUGGCCCCGCUGAAACAGUGCAAUGUGGAGAAAAAAGAAGUAGAACUGAUCCUGGUGAAGGACCAGAAUGGCGUCCAGUACACCAGCUCCUCCAUCAUCCCCGCCCCCGGCCACCUCGCGGGUCACCCCGGAUCCGAGGACGAGGACGAGCGAGAAACCUGGGGCAAGAAAAUAGACUUUCUGCUGUCGGUCAUUGGCUUCGCGGUGGACCUGGCUAACGUUUGGAGAUUUCCUUACUUGUGCUACAAAAAUGGAGGAGGUGCCUUUUUGAUCCCCUACGUUCUUUUCCUGGUCAUAGCGGGGAUGCCAUUGUUCUAUAUGGAACUUGCUCUCGGCCAGUAUAACAGGGAGGGGGCAGCUACGGUUUGGAAAAUAUGCCCCAUCUUCAAAGGUGUGGGCUACACUGUGAUCCUCAUCGCGCUGUACGUCGGCUUCUACUACAACGUCAUCAUCGCCUGGUCCCUGUACUACCUGUUCUCCUCCAUGACCAGUGAGCUGCCCUGGCUCAGAUGUGACAACCCCUGGAACAGUCCGAACUGCACGGACCCUAAAGCUAUAAACGCAUCCCUCCUCGGCAACGGAACAUCAUACGCCAAGUACAAGAUCACCCCGGCUGCCGAGUUCUACGAACGGGGUGUGCUGCAUCUCCAUCAGAGUAGGGGCAUCCAGGACCUGGGCCUGCCUCGCUGGGAGUUGACCCUGUGUCUGGUUGUGGUGGUCUUCAUCCUCUACUUCAGCCUGUGGAAAGGUGUCAAGUCCUCAGGGAAGGUGGUCUACAUAACAGCCACUAUGCCCUACGUGGUCCUUUUUGUGUUGCUGAUCCGAGGUGUAACCCUCCCAGGGUCCAUGGACGGCAUCAGGGCCUACCUACACGUCGACUUCAAGCGGCUCAACAAUCUGGAGGUAUGGAUCGAUGCCGCCACCCAGAUCUUCUACUCUCUCGGCGCAGGAUUUGGUGUCCUCAUUGCUUUUGCCAGUUAUAACAAAUUUGACAACAACUGCUACAGGGAUGCUCUCUUGACCACUACUGUGAACUGCAUCACCAGUUUCUUCUCAGGGUUCGCCAUCUUCUCCGUGCUGGGAUACAUGGCUUACAAACAUGGGGUGAAAAUAGAAGAUGUGGCAACAGAGGGGGCAGGAUUGGUGUUUAUCAUCUACCCUGAGGCGAUCUCUACACUCCCUGGCUCAACAUUUUGGGCUAUCGUGUUCUUCAUCAUGUUACUGACGCUGGGCAUCGACAGCGCGAUGGGCGGUAUGGAGGCAGUCAUCACAGGCCUGGCGGACGACUUUAAGUUCCUCAAGAGAAACAGGAAAGUCUUCACCUUCGCCACAGCCUUUGGAACCUUCCUGAUGGCCCUGUUCUGCGUUACUAAUGGUGGGAUCUACGUGCUGACUUUAUUAGAUAAGUAUGCAGCAGGGACCUCCAUACUGUUUGCAGUGUUGAUUGAGGCCAUUGGAGUUUCGUGGUUUUAUGGUGUGGAUCGCUUCAGCGAAGACAUCGAGCGUAUGAUGGGCUUUAAGCCAGGUCUUUAUUGGAGGCUCUGCUGGAAAUUUGUCAGCCCAGCUUUUCUUCUGUUUGUGGUAAUAGCCAGUGCUGUGACAUCUUCAGGCCUAAAGUAUGAUGACUACACCUUCCCGUACUGGUCCAAUGUAGUUGGCUGGGGAGUGGCCAUGUCCUCCAUGAUGUUUGUCCCCAUCUAUGCUAUUUAUAAAAUACUCAGCGUACCAGGAACGUUAAAACAGAGGAUAGCAUAUUGUAUCACUCCAGAACAUGAACAUCAUUUGGUGGCUGAGGGAAAUAUACGGCAAUUUACACUCAAGCAUUGGUUGGCCAUCUGAUGAUGAAUACCUAGAACUCCCUCAUCCAUUGUCCUGUCUAUUGUGCUACCAGUGGUCAGACACAUGAGGAAAGCAGCAGUCUCCACUGUCUUGCAGCAGCCCCUCUCCUGUGCAUCUACCACCCAAGGCAUUCGUUGUCAACAGCGGCUUUAAGCACUUUGAUUUCGGAGUCAUGCCUGUUCAUAUUUCAACCAUUCUACAACUUCGGCUCAUAAGGGAGGGGCAUCCGGUGGGGAAAAUCUACUGUUAUUCGCCCAUGGACAUUAUUAUGCUUUAUACACACAAUUUUAAUUAUUAUAAUACUAUUUUAUUUUUAUAUUUAAUGAUGUGUCGAUUAUCUCCUAGAAGGGAUUUAAACUAAAAUAAAACCAAACAAUCCCUAUUACUGAAGAGGAGACAAGCAUAUUUCAGUUUUCUUUUUGGGCCUGUCGUUAUUUAUUAUUAUAACAUUAUUAUUAUUAUUGUCAGGUUGAGUGACGUCUAUGUGUCAGUGCCUUAUCAAGCGAGACACUCCAUGUUUCUUAAAGUCCGUACAGGAAGAAAUAGAAUAAACUGUGUUGACUCAGGAACCCACUAAAUCCAACCACAGUUUGUGGAACAGCUCAGCUCGCCGGCUACCUGGUCCUUUGACAUUCAAGUCAAAGAGCUGCAGGUCGACAGAGCAUCAAGGUCGAGCUCCUUAGUGAAGAAAAAACAGGCCUGAUAUAAUACUUUUUGUCACAUGUUGUGUUACAGGAAAAGGGAAUAAUGCAUGCAUCACUCAAAAGCUUUAAAAAGAAAAACAGGUCAUGCUUCAUUCACCUCUUAUGCUUUUUGAAAGGCUAGACUCAACCAGAGCUUUAUCUCAAAGAAAGACUGAGGCCGAACCUGGUCAGUGCCUGGCUGCUCACUUAAGAUGCAGGGAAAAAAGUUCAGCUAAACAAAUGGCGUAACUGUUACAGUUUUGUAUCGUUGGGUUACAAACUUUUGUCUGUUCAGUGCUUCUGAGCUUUUUCUCCAGAGAGUUAGAGAGUUUGUGUGUAUUCAGAUUGUUGUUGCCAACCACACAGUAUUACUGUUAGAAUUCAGUUCAUGGAGGAAUCCCUCUUCCACAGCACUGAUUUUAACUACUAUGUUCAGUAGAGGAUAUAUAAUUCUUAUGCUGUGUUCACACUAAACGCAAAGCCAAUUUUUAAGGGGGCAAGUGAUGUGAUUUAGACUACCUGAGGCCUGCAUACCAGUGGCCCAUUCACUUGUUAGCAUGGUUCACUACGAGGCACUUUCUCCAGUGGGUUUCAUUCUCAAUGCUUAUUGGCAUCUGCAACAUGGCGUCAUUCAAGUUUUUCACUCGAGUUCAAAUAUUUCAACUCGAGCAGUUCUGCAUCUCUCAUAUCACAUCGUUCGUGCUGUUUGUGUCGCCUGAUGCAAGUGAAUCGUUAUUUGCGUCUUUGCAUUGGCUUUGUCCUGAAAAAUUAGCUUUGCGUUUUGUGAACACAUUAUUAUUCUGUCAUCAACAUAUCUUGUGACGUUCUUUUUUAAUAACCUUAGAAGUGCCAUUAUGUUUAUUUAGGAAUGUUUUUGAUCAUCUUUUUCUGUUUUCUCUUGUUUUUUUAUUUAUUGGAAUGAAGUUGAAUUUGAACCUUGAAUCGUAACAGAAACCCCUUACUGAAAGGAAUAAAGCCACAUCGAAAAAAUAUUAUUUAUGUGGAAUAUAUAAGAAGAUAUAGAAAAUAUAUAAAUAUAUUCUUUUGUUAUAUCUAAUCUUGUAUUUAUCAAAUUGUUUAUAACAAAGCGUGAAUGUAAAGUAUUUUAAACGUAACUGUCCCCAGUCAUAACUUUGUGUUUGAUGUAUAGCUAAGAUGGACUAUUUAGAAAAAGAAUAUUAUAUUAUAGUGUAAUCCAGGGUUACAUUGUCACAUGUGGAUGUGAACAAAUAUACCCUGUCUUUCCUGGGCUAUGUUUACGAAAAUACUGUGUACAAUACCAAUGUCCUGUGGAACGUGAGUGACAAAUAUCUAUGAAGAAGUCUGAAGUAUUCACACUAUGAUAAUAAAGAAUUUCUUCUACACACAAA